AUGAAAGACAGUAAGAGCGAACGCGACUAGUUCAAUUAGCUCUGGUCUCCGAUGGGACUCAAUUGAAGGAGCCAGCAAGCCUAUCCCUCGUAUGGGAUAAUUGGUUGAUGGCUCCCUGUAACCCAACGACUCGUGCGUAGCUCAAGCAACUAAGACGCUCCUGCGGACGGCUUCUCAACGAGCCUACACACAAGACGCCGUCAUGUCUGGCGAAGAACGCGACUCUGUGCCCACUGGCAUCGAGGCUCUGCCGUCCGUGGCGACGGCCUCAACUGAAGGCGAUGCUCCAUCUGCCACCGUUGCACCCGAGCCUCCAGCGACGCCAACUAUUCCUAGCACCCCAGGCCUAUCGAGCAAGCUGAUCAUUGGCCUGGCUGUGGUAGAUUUUCACCACCAUGUAGGCCCGCAAUUGGAAUACACUUUCCCCAAAGAAUUGAUGGAAGAUGAGGACUUCAGCUCUACCUUACCGUUUUAUGCUCUGCCUGACGGCUCCCAUUUGUCCGAUGAAGACUUCUGCUACUUCCACCUCUUCUGCCCUAAGACUCUGCCUGGCUCAACCAUCUUCGGCAUGAGCUGCAAUCGGCAAAUCGCUGCAGCAUCGCUGACAAAGAAAGGAGUGGAAGUUACGCGCUCGACGGUGCAGAAGGCCGUCGUUGUCUUGGCAAAACAGCCUGUCUUUGGCCCGAUCAGGGAGAAGCUGGGGAUCGUCACGCGCGCGUACUUUGCCCAAUGCGACUUGACAGAUACAGUCAUAUUGACAGAAUUCCUCAGCACUCUAGAAACUGGCUUACGGCAAGGUCUCGGACAGUCGCUUAAAGAAGUGACCAUGGCUGCAGGAGGGGAGAAGGAAGCCAACCCCCUGGUCACGGCGGGAGAGGAAAAGAUCGAGGACUCGGACGCGACGAUGAGCAUGGGCACCAGCUUGCGCCAGCUCGUUUUUCAAUGGCGAUUCAAAACUUUGCAGCUGGUCAAGCUGCUUCUCCUGCAACGCCGUGUCAUGUUCUUUGGCUACCCAAUAGAGCGACUUUGCACCUAUCAGUACAGCCUCAUCUCACUCCUGCCUGGACUGCUCAUGCAUCUAGAGGACUGUGGCUCAGCAACACUCAAGAGCAGUCAAGCUAAGCGACCGAAAGUCGAUAGCGUCAAGACUUCUGAAAAACAAAGCUUGCUGAAGUACAUGGGCUAUCCGCUCCCGGUUUUUGGCGAUGAUGCAUUCUUCCAGCCGUACCUCCCAUUGCAGCAGAUCGACUCUCUCAAAGCCGGCAGUUGGCUCGUGGGUACGAGCAACGGUGUCUUUCGCUCGCAAAAGGAUUGCGCGAUCGACGUAAUAGUUGAUCUAGAGAAUUCGAACAUCGAAUUCUUGGAGAGCAACGCGGCGCUCAAGCUGCAAAAUAUUGUCGCGCUGACGGCGGAAGACCGAAAAUGGAUGGACGAGAUAGUGUCGAUGGUGCUCGAGACCUGGGAUCCGAAUAAUCCGAGUCGUCCGACCACGCUGCAGUUCAAAGGCAGUGACGACUACCUUCGCAUGAAAUUCCAGAGCUACAUCUCUUCCAUGCUCUCGGCCAUCAAGGCAUCAGAGGACAAGACAAAGACAGCGGGCUGCCUCGAAGACACCUCGACGCUGGCGAGCUUCGGCAUGGACUUCAUCAACACAUUCAAGCUCACGCAAGCGUACGUCAGCUGGAACGACUGGACCGACGAUCAUCUGUACAACAUCAUUCCUGCCAGUCAUCCAUGCGAAGGCAUGACGUCCGUCAUCGAAGACGGCCUUCAUGAUCUCAAGCUUGAUGAGAAUCUCACUCCAACGCGAGAUGCGAUCGGGAAAGGAUUGACGGCUGGGCAAGCAGCGCUCUCAGCGGGGGGCGCGAAUCUGUAUCGAUUCGCCAGCGCAGCCAGGAAUGAUAUUGGCAAACAACUAGCAGCGCUGAACACGACACGUUACCCUUCGGCAUCAAAUGCCACAUCAAGCUCAGUGCCAGAGCAGCCAUCAACGUCAAACCGAGUACCCUCUUUCCAAUUACCGCCGAACCUACACCAGAGCGCCAAUGAUGCGGCACAAGCAGCGAGCGCCGCAGCCGCAUCCGCUGCGACGCAAGCGCGCGCUGCACUUGGGAAUUUCGGCAGCUUUCUCUCUGCGAAGCGGAGCGAGUGGAGCGGCAGGUCUUUAUCGCCCAGCAGUACGUCCGCGUCGCCCUCGUCCGCCAACAGCUCUAGCUUCGCCACUCCGCCCAUAACAACUGCGACGCCUUUGGCCGAGCCAACUGCGCCACUCAAGAUAGGGACCGCGUCGCCACCACCGCGCAAGCCGUCAGAGGAUUAG